AUGGCGCUCCAUGUAUUAGAUAACUAUUACCUCGCUAUCACUCUGUUGAUUACAGUUGGAUACCAGCUGUUUUUCUUCGCCAUAGCCUUUUCUCUCAAGUUCGACAAGCUCACUGAUUUCGCUGGCGGAACCAACUUCGUUGUCUUAGCUAUUAUUACAUUGUCAUUCAGUUCCGUUGACCAUGAGCUGAAUGCCAGGCAGAUCGUGGCUUCUUUGUUCAUCAUGGUCUGGGGCGCUCGACUCUCGGGUUUUCUACUAUUCCGAAUCAUCAAGACCGGUAAAGAUGACCGUUUUGACGACAAACGAGACAAAUUCUUCCCGUUCCUUGGGUUCUGGGUCUUUCAAAUGAUCUGGGUUUGGACUGUCUCCCUGCCAGUGACAAUUAUAAACUCGCCAAAUGUUACUCAGUUCCCGCAACCGGCUUUUGGUACUGGUAGAGACAUCGCCGGAGUAAUUUUGUAUGGCAUCGGUAUUAUUAUGGAAAGCUUUAGCGACAUUCAAAAGUAUAUCUUCAAAUCUAAGAAGAGCGAUAAGUCUGCGAUCUGCGACAAGGGAUUCUUCAGCUGGUCGAGACAUCCAAAUUACUUUGGAGAAAUCAUUAUUCAGUUUGGCAUCUUUAUGAUUUGUGUCUCACCUGCUGCCGAUGGUGUUGUCACUGGGGGAGCAUACAACGCGCUUUACGCUUCGAUCCUGGGAGCCUUCCUUCUUACAAUCCUCCUUCUCUUCAUCUCUGGCUUGAAUCUACAAGAACGACCAGGCGCGAAGAAGCGAUACGAAAAAGAUAAUCAUUGGGAGGAGUAUUCGAGAUAUCUUAAACAAACAAGUAUCUUGAUUCCAUUUCCACCACAGCUAUACGAGAAGAUGCCCACGAUACUGAAACGAACGAUAUUCCUCGAGUUUCCAAUGUACGUGUUCGACCCAGCAAAGCAUUCAUCAGGCGCAAAGGGACAAGGAGGCGCUGAAGAGGGUACUCAUGCUGGCUCUGCGAGUAGACAGAAUUCGCAGGGGAAUCGUCAGAGCGGUGAUCAGCGGCCGACUGCUUCUGGGCAUUUGCUGAAUUGCUAUUUUUGCAAGACUUGUGGAACUCGUUUGAUACAUUCGACACCCGGGAAAGAUAUUGUCUCCGUAAAAGGAGGAUGUAUAGAAGGGCUUGACUGGCAAUCAGCGCGUCAUAUUUGGUGCAAAAGGGCAAUGGUGCCGAUUCCAGAAGGGGUUGAGAAAUUCGAUGAAGAACCAACGGACGAAGCUCCUCAAAAGGAUGCACCUUUAGGCUCGGGUGAAGAUGUCAGUUUUAUGCGUGGCAGUGGAGGAAGCCCGGAUGAUGAUGCAAAGAGAACCGAGAAGCGCAAAGCCAAGGGCAAAGAAAAGGAGAGGAUAGGCGUCGAACAACGUCCUGCCUCUCGAGAACGCCAUAUUCAGAGUGCUGCACGGAAUCUAACUAGUGGAGAGACCGAGAAUGCAGCUUUUCUGGCCAGUCGUCGAAUGGAAAGUCUGAGAGGGCUUAGGGCGAGCACUGAGCUAGAUGUUGCCGCCAGCGGGCUAGAUGUGAAAGGUAGCGACCUAACAAGCAGUAAAGAACGAGAGCGAAAGCGAAGCCGUCGGCGGGAAAACGAAAGAGAGCUAGAGAAAGAGAGAAUGGCUCGUUGGGAAAAAUCUGUAAGAGAAGAAUUAGACAAGAUCGAGCUCGAAAGAAGAAUCGAAAGCCAGCAAAGGGAGUUGGACGAGUUGCGAGCUUUGCAGGCCCAAAAGCAGCCAUCUGAAAGAUCUAUGAGCGGUCCAAGUGGUAGUUCAGAAGCUGAGAGUAGCAGACGAAGACCUCUCAAUGUUGGGAGUAGCUCGAGGCGGCCAGGAUAG